GACAUCCGAAUUUAACGUCGCCCGGAGACUGGAGUGAUGCAUUCCUCGGGCGAUUUCCCUCUGUUCUGUUGGAAGGAAAUGAUGAAAGGUAGAAGAUGAAGAUCGUAACGUAUAACGUGAAUGGGCUUAGAUCGCGCAUUUCUCAGUUCGGCUCCCUCCCCAAAUUGCUCGAUUCCUUCGAUGCCGAUAUCAUUUGCUUUCAGGAGACCAAGUUAAGAAGGCAGGAGCUGACGGCGGAUUUGGCAGUGGCGGACGGUUACGAAUCGUUCUUCUCGUGCACGCGUACGUCCGAUAGAGGCCGAAUGGGGUAUUCCGGGGUUGCUACGUUUUGUCGUGUAAAGUCAGCUUUUUCGAGCAUCGAAGUGGCCCUGCCGAUUGCAGCUCAGGAGGGCUUUACGGGACUUGUUGAAAACUCUCAGAAUAGAAAAUGCGAAGCACGCAAUGAAAUAGUGGAUGACCUUGAGGAUGAGUUUGCCAAGGAGGAGCUUCUUAAGGUUGACAGCGAGGGGCGAUGUAUUAUCACGGAUCAUGGUUAUUUUGUUCUGUUUAACUUGUAUGGGCCUCGAGCUGAAUGCAAUGAUGAAGAAAGGAUCCAGUUUAAGCUCAAGUUUUUCAAGAUAUUACAGAAAAGGUGGGAGUCUCUCUUGCGCCAGGGAAGGAGGAUAAUUGUUGUUGGUGAUUUCAACAUUGCACCCACUGCAAUGGAUCGUUGUGAUGCUGGACCAGAUUUCGAGAUGGAUGAAUUCAGAAGAUGGUUUAGAUCCAUACUAGUGGAAAGUGGAGGCCCUUUCUCUGAUGUUUUUAGAACAAAACAUCCUGAAAGAAGAGAAGCAUACACAUGCUGGCCGCAAAAUACAGGUGCUGAAGUGUUUAAUUACGGCACAAGAAUUGAUCAUAUUCUGUGUGCUGGAUCAUGCUUACAUGAAGAGCAUCAUGACCUGCAAGGCCAUAACCUUAUGACUUGCCACGUGGAGGAGUGUGACAUACUGAUACAGUACAAACGGUGGAAACCUGGGAAUACAGUUAGGUGGAAAGGAGGGCGAAGCAUCAAACUGGAAGGUUCCGAUCAUGCUCCCGUUUUUACAAGAUUGCGGGAAAUUCCGGAUAUUUCCGAACACAGUACUCCUGCUUUAUCUGCUAGAUAUAUUCCCAUGAUUCAUGGCGUCCAGCAAACUCUUGUGUCAAUCUUAACGAAAAGACAACUUGCUGAACAAAUUAGAUCCUGUGAGAUGUCAGGUUCACUUUCAGAUGAAAAUAUCACAUCAGAGACUUGCAAUGAGAGAGUGAAGAGGUCAUCCAACGCCUGCAGUAUAUCUGGUGUAUCCCCUGUUGAGUCUUUUUCUUCAAACCAAGAAUCUGAAGGUCUCAUUUCUAAUACAGCUGAGCAUUCCAGAGGUUUUGAUGGUGAUGCUGCUUGUAACAUCUGGGUUAUUUCAGGAAGUAAGCAGAGCAAAUCAAUGCCCAGAAAUGAAACCAUGAAAAAGGCAAGAAAAAGUCAAGGGUCCCAACUCUCAUUGAGGUCAUUUUUCCAGAGAAGUCCAAACCCUAUCAAUAAUGCUAAAGACUCUAAUAGUGGCAUUUCAAUCAGUCAAGCAGAAGUCCUACAGCCUGGUAGUCUCUCCAAUACAAGUUCUGUGGUGGAUGUUCAAUGCAGCGGUUCCCAGCAGCAUGCAUUGAACUCAAGUACACCCACUCAGGAUGACUAUGAACUAAGUUCCUCUACUUUGGAGCGGGAGAAAACUAAUGCUGCUUUAUUGGAGUGGCGAAGGAUACAGCAAGUCAUGCAGAAUAGCAUACCUCUUUGUAAGGGACAUAAUGAACCUUGUGUUGCACGGGUAGUGAAGAAACAAGGUCCUAAUUUUGGUCGCAGAUUUCAUGUCUGUGCUCGAGCCGAGGGACCUGCCUCAAAUCCUGAAGCAAAUUGUAGUUACUUCAAAUGGGCUGCUUCAAAAUCUGGGCACUUACGAUGAUGGCGAUUAAAGAUGGAGAUUUCAAUCUGCAUUUCCGGGGAAAUCUAGCAUUUGCUCCUAUGCUGGAAAUCACAUGUAAAUUAACAUGUUAGUUUUCAGGUAAGUUAAAACUGCAAGGCCAUCUUUAUUUGCAUUGUUAGUAAUAUGGUGCCCUAGAAUGAAUCUUCAGGCCCUUCUAUUAGAUUUUCUGUAAUAAUGUGUAGGUUCACCGGAUCCUUGUUAUUAAUUAGUAGUUUUCUUCCCAUAAAUUAUAAUAAAUAAUUGGCAGAGGAGAGAAAUGGAAAAUUAUUAGGUACUCUCCAAUAGGGCUGUAUAGAAAUCGAUGGGACCGACCUGGGAUUAAUAAACCUCCCUUCUUAUUCUCCCGUCUUCUUCUUUUCUCUGCUUCUUCCCACCAACGGCACAACUUGCCGCUCCCCUCCUCCGCAACGACACCGAAAGCAGACCGAUGAAUUGUACCGACUCAUGCUGACACCAAGGUUGCCAAGUUUUUCCCCUAAUUGGCCAGUUCUGAACCUCUCCUAAAGCACCGACGAAGUCGGGUUUCAGCCCUACUCUCCAAGUACUGAUGAUCAUGUAGUACACUAGUCCUGAUUUAUAAGUUUUGAUGAAUGCCAAGCAUAAUGCUUAGCUUUA